UGACGAUGUGCUUGCUACAUAUUCCGAAAAUCCAUGAACAUCUUCUAACGAACAGCAUAAAAGCUUGUCAAGCAGGGAUACAUACUACGCCUGCGUGAAAUACCAAGGGAAUCGUGGAUGGCUCGAACGCAAGAGUUCGUGUCAAACAAUCGUCUUUGAUGUUGUCUUCUUGGUCGCUCAGGCUAUCGGCGCAAGCAACUAGUGUGGGUUCUAUGGCUCGCGGAAGUCUCCGCAUGUCCCGGGGGAUCCUAUAGCCUACAGCGUGUGUGCUCGCUGAGCUUCCUCGUCAUUCAAUUCUAGCUCGGAAACUAGCUCGUCAAUGCAAAGAUCCUAUGCUUCGCUCGGGAGAUCUGGCUCCUUCCACUCAGAUUUGGCGUGCUUUUUUGAUCUGGUGUCUUCCGAUUGAAUCUCUUUGCCGUCUAAGUCCACGCCCUUCUCGGUUCUCCGAACACCCUGCAUACGGUUUGUCCGUCG